AGCUUUUUAGCAGCAUUAAUUUUAUAUAUUUACCUAAAGGAUGAAGAUGCCUUAUUUGUAUAUUUUGUAACUCUGGUAAUGCAUUUGGUCCAAGUUUUCUCAUAGCUCUGAUUUCUUAAUCAACAUCUUAGAGUCAUCAGUCAUGGUGGGAUUACCACAAAUUCUAGUUUUAAUCUUUUGUGCUGCUUGCAUCUUUGACCUUGUUUUGGAAGCUCACGGCGCUCAAUAUCCAUAUUAUUCGGUGACCAAACCUUAUUAUUCUGGUUAUGACAGGAACCAGCCAUACCAACCGCAACCUGCAGCUGCUGAACCUAGUACAGAUCCUGAUGAAGUGACAGCUCUUAAUGAAAUAUUUGAAUAUUGGAGGAUAGUCCCAUGGUUGUCAUCUAUGGAACCAUGCAAGGAGGCGGCCUACAAAUCCUAUAUCACAUGCGACUGUUACUCUUCUUGCCACAUAACUAGUUUGAAUGUUUUCGGCCAAGAUAUUAAUGCUGAAAUCCCAGAAGCACUAUGGAAUUUGACUUUCCUCACCCAUCUAAAUCUAAGCAAAACUUACAUGAGAGGUAAACUGUCGUCGUCCAUUGGCAACCUAAAGCAAUUACAAUUCCUGAGCCUUGGGGCUAAUGCAUUAUCAGGGGAGCUUCCGAAGGAACUUGGAAAUCCUACUGAUUUAAGACGAUUGUUUUUGGGGCCAAACAACUUCACCGGUUCUCUACCAUCUGAACUUGGGAAUUUAAAGAAAUUAGACUUAAUAUACAUUCAUAGUUGUGGAUUUAGCGGUGAGAUUCCUUCAACAUUUUCCAAUUUAAAAAACCUUCAGUUUGUGUGGGCAUCAGACAAUGAACUCACAGGCAAGAUACCAGAAUUCAGAGGGAAUUGGUCAUCGCUUAGUUUUUUGAGGCUUGAAGGAAACUCUUUUGAAGGUCCAAUACCAUCAACGUUAUCCAAUUUGACCUCUAUGAAACACUUGAUGAUAAGCGAUGUGUCUAAUGGGGGUUCUUCACUGGCAUUUAUAAAAGAUAUGAGGUCGAUAAGUAUCUUAUAUUUGAGGAAUAACAACAUUUCUGAUUCAAUUCCAUUGAACAUUGGAGGACACCAAAAUUUGACACAUAUGGAUUUGAGCUUCAACAGUAUAAAAGGAAAAAUUCCGAACUCUCUUUUCCUAAUGAGGUCUCUCACUCACUUGUCUCUUGGAAACAAUAAGUUAGAUGGCACUCUGCCUACUCGAAAAAGUCGGUCUCUCAUCUACAUUUAUAGCUCCUAAGUUUAAUAGAAAAUUUAAGACUAGAGCAAAUAGGAACCCUAGGUCUUCCUCUUCUGGUUCAACUCUAGUUGGUAGAGUUAGGUUUUUGUCUGCCAAAUGUGAGGAGACCUAUGAGACCUUAACUAAAUAUAGGUCUAUUUGGGGUGAAAGGGAGAUUGUGUUGAGUGAGUUAAAUCCCUCCAUCUGUAAGAACUUUGUGUCUAGGAGCUGCGUUUCUCUAUUUGAGGUGUUUGAUCCUCCUUUUGCAGCAUUGAUUAGAGAGUUUUAUUCAAACCUCUCUGUCUAUUCUGAGGUUCAGGUGGUCAUUACUCAACUUCCUGGAUUCAAGGUCAAAAGUUUACCAUCUCUAAGCAAAUAGUUUAUGAAGCUUUAGGAGUGCCUUUAGUUCCUAAACCCACAUAUCCAUACACUAAGUUUCCUUUUGUUGAUGAUAUGAUGUCCUUACACUGUGGUAGGUCUGUUUCUUGGGGAAAUAAACCAAGAAUCAAUUCUUGUGAGUUUACUGAGCUUAAUUCUUUGUAUUUAUGGAUUUCCUAUCAUAACUUCUAUCCUAUUUCCCAUGUUCAUACAAUUCCUAUAGAUAGAUGUGCUUUUCUUUAUGCUCUUAUUACAAAUGGUUCUAUGUAUUUUCCCUCUUUGUUUAUUCACACCAUUGUUGAUAUUUCUAGGAGUAAGAGUAAAGAUCAAAAAUUAUUCUUUCCUAUGUAUAUAAAUAGGAUUUUGAGGUUUCUAGGGUUGUCUGAUUCUCCUCCCUUAGAGUUAGUUCACAUCACUACCCCUAUAGGAGCCACCUUUCUUAAACAGCAACAGACACAGAUGAAGAGUGUUGAACCAAGCACUAGGACUUCAAGGAGAUCAUGAGGAGAAGAUUCUACUACAACUCCUACCUCUGGUGCUAUGCCUACUGCUAGGGAGACUUUUGUGGAUCUGACUGCUGCUGUGGAUCCUUCUAGUGGUUUUGAUGACGUUGACCCUAUUGUGACCCCUCCUCUACCACUCUAUGCCAUGAUGGAGUCUUUCAUUACUACUCAAGCAACCUACAUACAGCUUCUGGAUGAGUUGUUGACUGAGGUUGCUUCAUUGAGAGCAUAUUUUAUCGAGUAUAGGGGUACAUUUCCAGCUCCUCCACCUUCUGAUGAUUGAUAUUGCCUUUGGCAAUUUGUAACAAAAAGGGGGAGUAGGUUUAGGACUUUUUGUACUUAGGGGUUGUAGAGUUAUUGUAUUUAGGAGGAGGUUGAUGUAUUUUCUUUUGUUUUGAUUUUGAUUUUCUUCAUUGUUUAUAUAUGUUUAGUGUUUUUGUUCUUGUUUCACAAACAUUGAUGUGAUUAUUGACUAUGAUAUUUAUUGAUG